GGAUUAUAAAAUACUAUAUCACAGAGAUGAUUAUUCAGCCAUCAGAGAAAAGAUUUGUCAUGAUACCACGGUCUCAGUUUGUACAGAGCAUUAUAGCUCAGUGUCUUGUGGAACUGUCCUCUUCUAGAAGCACAUUUAGGUUCAGCAUACAAGGGCGUGAUGGAAAGGUCUACAUCUUGAUGUGGCUUUUAAAUGUUGACACGUUAUUGGUGGAGUCUCUGGGAAAUUCAGCUCCUAGCAAUGUUUUUACAUUGUUUGAAGAUAGUUUGAGGUCUCAUGCCAAAUCAUCAGGCAAUUGGAAUGCUGUCAAAGUUCUUUACCAUCCCUGCAUUAAAAACAGGAAUAAGGACCUUGCUGAUUCAUGGGGAAAUGAUAUUGGAGUUCACUCCCUAAUAUUUCCAUCAAAAACAUGUUUGGAAUUGCUGCUGAUACUGAGUUUGAGUAAUGCUUCUCUGCCGCCUUCACUUCGCUGCAUGAACUCCUUCCAGGUUGCCUUUUUAAAGGUAUGAAGAAUCCAGACACAUUAGUUGAAAAUUCUUCUCAAGUUAACUUUCAAAUGGUACACACAAAUUUAAGGAUAAUUUCAGAGCCAUUGAGGAUAAAAAGAAAGACAUUUUAUUUCAUCCUUUUUCUAGCUUGCUAUUUGAUUAUGAAAAUACAAAGCCAGUAACAGAGAGCAAUAACUAACUCAGGGAGGCAUAUGCUACAUGCCUGGAGUUCUGAGAGUGACUUACCUCCCAUGUCAGAAAACUGGUAUUUCUGUAAUGAUGACCCCUUCAUUGCCAAGGGUGAAGAAAUUAUGUGCCAACCUCUCUAUGGCACAGUGCUUCAUAAACCGAUUUGUCUUGCAUGGAAAAUGAAGAACGGGCAGCCAAUAGAAGGUAUAAAGUAUUCAAUGUAGUGAAUUCUAAGACAUGCAUGCAGUACUUUUUUCUACUUUGUUUCGGUUGAUAAACCUAAAAGGUCACCAGAUAAAUAGAAUUCGAAAAUACAAAAUGAUGUUUUCCAGCAACCUUGGGCCUGCAUCACACACAUUCCUUUUCAAGAGAGAAACUGGUAUUUCAGUGCCUGUACUCUGUGUAAAACUAAAUGAGAUUGACACUGCUUCCAUUAAAAUUUACAACAAAAAGAUUUUGUGAUUACUUGAAAGAAAUGACCCUGCAACUUUAAAAAGAAGCAUGCAUGCUAAUGUAGGCUUUGUAGGGGCUGUUAGGAGUUCUUUUGACAGAAUUCAUCUGUGUCCAGGGCAAUACAUCCUUGCAUACAUUGUCCUUCUGAGGUACCUCAUCCCUUCUUUGGAGAGACCACAUGUUUGGGUGGCAGAAAGUUGGGCAAGCUGCCAUAUUAGGGCAUUUAUUCACAGACUUUUUUUCCAGCUACACGCCAGUGAUCUGCUACUUCAGAGCAGACUCAACUGCUUCACACAUGAGCUGAGGCGAACUGCACUGCGCCCCGUGUAGUUGUAUAAGCAGCGAAGUGCGCGUCAGUGUGCAGAAAAGGGCGGUGCUGCACUUCUGAACUAAAGCAUCUCCAA